CAGUGGCACCGCGCACCGCGACGCAACGACCAUGCGCCACGCCCUGCUCCGCCUGGCCGUCGUGCUCGACUGCGCCGCGGCGCUCUUCCCCUUCCACGCCUUGAAGGGCCGCGUGGACCAGUCGUCCUGGAUCACGCAAAAAACGCCAACGGCACCGACGGGGGGCCUCUUCGGCCGGCGCGUCGGCGGCGCGCGCCAGGCGCCGCAGCGCUUCAUCACGCCGUCGCCCGCGCCGCGGCCGGCCGCCGAGGCCGACGCGACGAGCGCCGCGACGAGCUCGUGGGUCGCGCUCGCGCUCCUGCGCCAGGAGCUCGACGACAUGGGCGUGGCGCAGCACGAGGCGGAGGCGGCGCACACCGCCACACGCCAGGAGCUCGCGACGGCCCUGCGCAAUGCGACGGCCCUCGCCGCGGACCUGGCAAAAUCUGAGCGGCUCCGGCGGCUCGUGCAGCGAGAGGUGCAGCAGCUGCGGGAAGUGGCUCGCAACGCGACGUCGAAAGCGCUGCGGGCGGAGUCGUCCGCGAAGCGCGCGACGAGCCGGCGGCCCGCGACGCGCGGCGCGGCGAUGACGCCGGAGAAUCCGACGGCGCCCGGCUGGCUCGACGCGGAGGACGCGCUGUCGCCCGAGGCGCGCGCCGCGCGGCUCCGGGAGCGGAAGCCGCGCGAGGUCGCGGCGCGCCCGGCGGCGACGAAGCCGCCGGGCGCGCUGUCGCCCGAGGCGCGCGCCGCGCGGCUCCGGGAGCAGAGCCUGCGGACCCGCGAUUCCCAGAUCCGCGUGUACAAGAGCGCCGCGCCGCGGCGGCCCGCGGCGAUCACGGGAACCUUCCAGCGCGGCAUGACCGCCGAGGAGAAGCGCACGCCCCCGCCCGUCCUCGAGUCGCGCCACGCCGCGCCGCCCGCCGCGAAGAAAACGCGGUGGUCGCCGCUCGUCCCGCCGCGCGCCGGGAAGGCCCGCGCCGCAGCGCCGCCCGCUCCGCCCGCUCCGCCCGCGCCGCGGUGGUCGCCGCUCGUCCCGCCGGAAGUCUUCGAGCGCCGCGAGACCGGCGGCGGCGGCGCGGCCCGGCCCUCGGACUCGCCGCCCAAGAAGAAGUCAAAGAAGCUCGCCAGCGGCUCGGCGCUCUACCAGCAGCUGCAGAUAGCCGAGAUGGAGGCCGCGGCGGAGUUGGAGGCCGUGCGCCGC